UGCCUCCGCUGGAGAUGCAGGGCAGAGUCCCGGUGUGUGAGGAAACCUGCACGGGAGAGAGCGUUGUGUCAGACCAACCUGGGACCGGCAACAACCGCACUCUAUUAAGGAGUCAACCACAAAUAUCUCCCAAACGAGGCUUUCGCGGAGACAGCGGAAACAAUCGAGGAUCUGUCUUCUGCGAGAUCAAUCCGCCUCCACCCCUGUUCCCUACGGCGACACCCUUUCAAAAAUGGGUUGAUCGUGUUCUUUCAUCAUCCAAUUAACUAACUUGGAACAGGCCUUGGGCAGCACACCUCCUGAUGUCAGAAGAUUCAGAUUCCAAGCCCUAUCGCUUCCCUGUUCUGGAAGACCAGGAUGAAGCCUCGGGUUGCAGAGCGUCCACCUCAUGCGGCUCCAUGCCUCGGGGGGCCUCGGGGUGCAGCUCCAUGGCACAGCUGCACCGAAUGGGUGGCUACAGCCAAGGCGGGCCUGACCUAGGCCUCCCCUCAGAGGGAAGCGACAGCAGCAGCCAGGACCCUCCCACCUCGCCACACAACCAUCGCAAGAACGCCCGCUCCCACUCGCUUCCCGAGGAGGACGUGGAGAUGAAGAGCAGCGGGUCCAGCGGGAGUGGGACCGAAUCACACGGCAAUGAAAGCCACGGCAACGAGAGUCAUGGCAACGAGAGUCACGGCCAUGAGUCGAUGGGCAGCUCCAAUGGCAACAGCAAAGACUCGGCAUUGCUGGAAUCCUCUGAAAGCAACAAGAGCUCGAACUCCCACAGUCCAUCUCCUCCCAGCAGCUCUAACGCCUUCAGUCUGCUGAGCUCAGAGCAGGACAACCCCUCAACCAGCGGCUGCAGUAGUGAGGAGUCUGCCAAAGCCAAGACCCAGAAGGAGGUGAUUAAAACCCUGAAAGAGCUGAAGCUUCACCUGCCUGCUGAGAAGAGACACAAUAACAAGUCCUCCACAUUGAACACCCUGAAGUAUGCACUGCGCUGUGUCAAACAGGUGGAAGCCAAUGAGGAGUAUUACCAGCUUCUGAUGAUCAAUGACAGUCAACCUGCAGGACUGGAUGUAUCUUCUUAUACGAUCGAGGAAAUAGACAGCAUCACCUCUGAAUACACCCUCAAAAAUAAUGACAUUUUCGCAGUAGCAGUGUCUCUCAUCACAGGAAGGAUCGUCUACAUUUCUGAUCAGGCUGCCUCCAUCCUCAACUGCAAAAGAGAUGUUUUCAAAAAUACCAAGUUUGUGGAGUUCCUAACGCCACAGGAUGUUAGCGUGUUUUACAGCUUCACAACACCUUACCGACUGCCGUCCUGGAGCAUGUGCACCGGAGCAGAGUCGUCCCCGCCUGACUGCAUGCAGGAGAAAUCCUUCUUCUGUCGUAUCAGUGGUGGUAAGGAGUGUGAGGGUGACCUGCAGUACUACCCGUUCCGCAUGACACCAUACCUGAUGAAGGUCCAAGACACAGUACAUGCUGAAGACCAGUUCUGCUGCCUCCUACUGGCAGAGAGGGUUCACUCUGGCUAUGAUGCACCAAGAAUUCCAACAGACAAGCGCAUCUUCACCACCACACACACUCCAAGUUGUGUUUUCCAGGAUGUGGAUGAGAGGGCGGUUCCUCUCCUCGGGUACCUCCCCCAGGACCUGAUUGGCACACCAGUCCUCCUCCACCUGCAUCCCAAUGACCGUCCGAUCAUGCUGGCCAUUCACAGAAAGAUCCUUCAGUAUGCAGGGCAGCCUUUUGACCACUCAUCCAUCCGGUUCUGUGCACGAAAUGGAGAAUACAUCAUCCUAGACACCAGCUGGUCCAGCUUUGUCAACCCCUGGAGCCGCAAAGUCUCGUUUGUCAUUGGGAGACACAAAGUCCGCAUGGGCCCUGUGAAUGAAGAUGUUUUCGUGGCCCCGGCCUCCCUACUCAGCGAGAUGAAGACCAUGGACUCUGACAUCCAGGAGAUCACGGAGCAGAUCCACCGCCUCCUGCUGCAGCCGGUUCAUAACAGCGGGUCCAGUGGCUACGGUAGUCUGAACAGCAAUGACCACCUCCUGGGCAUGUCCUCCUCUAGUGAGAGCCUAAACAAGCCUAAGAUGCGAUGGGAGGAGGAGGAAGUGAGCAGCAAAGCCCGACCCCGAACUUUUCAGGAAAUCUGCAAAGAUAUUCACCUUCAGAAAAGCCAGGAGCAGCAGAUGACUAAAUCAGACAACAAGAAGGGCAAUGGCAUAGAGUCUGUACAUAAGUGCCCAGCGGUGGUGCGGCCCAAGGACUCGGCCGCUCCUCUCAGCUGGAGGGAGACCGGGUCAACCAUGGAGGACAGUAGGGCGUCUUUCCAGGAGGAGCUGGCCUUCAAUGAUCAGACUGUCUACUCCUACCAGCAGAUCAGCUGUUUGGACAGUGUCAUCAGGUACUUGGAGAGCUGUAAUGUUCCCAUCACCAUGAAGAGGAAAUGUCAGUCUUCCUCUAACACCACGUCCUCUAACUCAGAUGAGGACAAACAGAAAGGAUCCAACAGCAUGCAGGUGUCUGAAGAACCAGCCUUGUUAAAGGAUCAGUCUGGUCUCUCUGCUUUGGAUGAUCGAGAUAAAAAGUCCAGUGAUGCUGCCACAGCGGUAGUGGGCACUUCGCUGCCCCUACCUGUACCUAACAAACCAGAAAGUGUGGUGUCCAUAACCAGCCAAUGUAGCUACAGUAGCACCAUAGUGCACGUUGGGGACAAGAAACCUCAACCAGAGUCAGAGAUCAUAGAGGAUGUACAAGGAACAGGAGAGACGGCAGAAUCCAGCCAGAUCCCUGGUGUUCCUCCUUGUGCUGUUUCACCUCCCAGUCAGGAGAGGGAGUCCUACAAGAAACUGGGGCUGACCAAGCAGGUUUUGGCAGCCCAUACACAGAAGGAAGAGCAGGCCUUUCUGUUUCGCUUCAGAGAGCUUCGCGGACUCACAACACUCAAAGCAAACUGCUCUCAGUACCUGGAGCGCCAGAGAGAACAGACCGCCAGUGAUGCUGUACCCGCUGCUCGAUCCUGCAAGCACGGAGGACCAGGUGCAGAGCCCGCCACGCGGCGCGGCACACGGAAUAAGAAGACCAAGUCAAAGCGAGCGAAGCAGAUCGAGUCCUCCGACAGCACGGUGUCCCAACACAGACAACAGCAGCCGCGGCCUCCUCUUCUAAACCAUGGCCUUAACCCGACCUCUUGGUCUCCCUCUGACACGUCACAGUCCACUUUUCCCAUGGCCUACCCCGCUGUGAUGCCAGGCUACCCCCUUCUGGUUUACCCCAGAGCCGGUUCCAUAGCCACCCGCACAGACGCAAAUCUAACAGGCUUUGGGGACAACCAGGCCACCCAAGCCCCUCCCUGCCCCCCAACCAUCCACCCUGCUCCCUACACCGCCCCCAUGGUCACCCCCAUUGUGGCUCUAGUGUUGCCCAACUACAUGUACUCUCCAGUGGCCCCCGGGCCUCCACCACCGCAGCCGGUGUUCUAUGCAGAAACCGGGGGCUUCCCCACCCAAACACAGCCUUUCAGUCAGGCUGCCUUUCCAGGCCAGAGCACCUUCCCAGCUCAACCUACCUUCGGUGUUCAGAAUCAGUUCAGCCCCCAGAACCAUUUUGCUCCUCAAGCGGGUUACUUGACCCCGUCGUUGUACUUCCCCCCACCCUCGGAAACCCCAAAGGCCCCCAUGGAGGGCCAGUCUCGCUCCUCAACGCCACAGUCCGGGGGAGGUGGAGGCCGGGCGUCUCCGCCGUUGUUCCAGUCUCGCUGCAGCUCACCCCUCAACCUGCUGGAGCUGGAGCUCUCCGUGGACAGGCUGGACAGCACAGCACUGCCCUCUGGAGGACAAGGGAAUAACACAACUGAAAGGGAGAAAGGAGAGAGAAGUGGUAGCCAGGCCAAGGAGAGAGAGCUGAAGCAGCCAUCUCUCAGUCUCCUUGGUCCACCUGGACCCUUGUAUUGCGAGGGCACGCCCUGUGUCUGUGAGCGUUUGUCUUGGGAUAAAGUGUGCUCUAGGCUGAGGGCUUACAGCAAAGAGGCGAGUUCACGUGGCGAUGGGAACAACAGCGAUGCCAACUCUUCCUCCAGCAACAUGUUGGACAUUAUUCUCCAUGAGGACUCCUGUUCAGGCACGGGUUCGGCCACCUCGGGGUCCAUGGGCUCAGGGUCCAACGGCUGUGGAACUUCAGCCAGCGGGACGUCCAACAGCGGGACAUCGAAGAGCAGGACGUCAGCCAGUGGAGCAUCGGCUAGUGGGACGUCCGGCAGUGGAACAGGUAGCAACAACAGUAGUAAUUACUUUGGCAGCGUGGACUCGUCCCAGAACAGCCAGAAGGUCAAAGGUCACUUGAGCGGCAGCGAGGGAAGGCCCAUGGAGAUGGAGCAGAACGAACAAUUCAUCAAGUAUGUACUGCAGGACCCGCUGUGGCUGCUCAUGGCCGACACAGAUGACAAGGUCAUGAUGACCUAUCAGCUGCCGUCGCGUGACAUCCAGCAAGUGCUCAGAGAGGACAGAGAGAAGCUGAGGCUGCUGCAGAAGAACCAGCCGCGCUUUUCAGAGGAGCAGAAGAAGGAGCUGAUUGAGGUCCACCCCUGGAUCAAGAAGGGAAGUCUACCCAAAGCCAUAGACGUCAAGAUGUGCUCCUGCUGCGACAGCACCUCAGAGGCAGCGCUGGCAGCAGAGGCGGUGGUGGCGGCGGAGGAUCACCCAGACCUGGACAUCGGCGACACAGAGACUGCCGACACAGAGGUUGGCUGCCAGCGGGGGCCCAGGGAAGAACCCUCAAACACUGCCGUCGUCAUCUCCUGCCACGGCUCCUCUCCAGGCCCCGGCUCUUAGGCACAACCAGCCAGGCAAUAAAUUGCUCAAGACUUUCAGAGUGACUUUCAUUACCCAUAAGCCUCUUGUCCUGCACGACUGUGAGGAGCAUCUUUUAAAGAAGGACCUACUUUGCAUAAAGCAUCAAACAGGCCUUUUGCUCUUUACACAGAAUUCUUCAUUACUGUCUCUGUCUUGUUUUAUGAGUUGUUCCUGUUAAGAUGCUGGGAGAAAACUGGCUCAAACGGUCAAGGCUUUUGUAGAAUGUGAACAUAUGUAGUGGACAUUAAAUAACAUUUCAUUUUAUUUUAUUUUCAUAUACAUUACAAGCUGCGCCAGGUAGGAUUUAUUGGUGCUUGCUGGGCUCCAUAACUGCGUAUGUUCUUUUCACUUUGUUCCUCUGUAGCACUCAUCCAUGCGCAGCGCCUAGACAAAGAGUUUUAUGCACUGAUUAGGAAAUACGAAUAAGGGAAAUACAAUACGUCCUUGUACACCAGACAAAACAGUAGAGGUCAAGCAAAACACCAACCCGAGCGGAGGCUGCUUCACUCACACGCCAGGAUGUGGCUCAGUGGUGUUCUAACUGUUGCGUUCAUGAUUGAUUUCAGUGUUUUUUUGUGGCGUCAUUUCCUCAGUUACAACAACAUUGGGCUACGUCAGCAUGCGGUGAGAACAGGUGGAGCGGUUUCAGUUGCUCUAGUCACACACACACCCAUCGAGCACCAAACUGAACGCACAAGUGCACUUUUGUGGGCUGCACUGGAAGAAGAGGGGGAAAAAAAACAUGAAUGAGACCAGACUCUCUGCAGCGUCUGCUCAGAUUUGUGUCCGGAGCAGGCACAGAUUCUUUGAUGCUGUCUGGAGCUUUUCACCACCUCCAUCCACAGCAGCAGUAGAGGAUAUAACUCAGAUCCUAACUCGAGUAAAAGCAGUAAAAUCAUAAUGCAAACAUCAGAAGUUCUACUUAUGCAGAAAGGCCUGUUUCAGAAUGUUACAUUGGAUUAUUUUUAUUGUUGCAGUGACAUGUACGCAGCAUUUUGUUUGUAAGUUUAUAUUAUAAACUCUUAGGCAGCUGAAUUUAUAACAAUGUAACAUAUUUGUUAUGGUAUUUUAUAUAGCAUGAAAUGGAAACUCUUCUAUAAUAUCACUGAACCCCAGGAGCAAUGGAGGUGGUGAAAACAUUGAGAAAAAAACAAUCAGGUGCAACACAUACGUGUUAUAUCAUUUCUGAGGGAAAACUGAAACAUUAAAUGACAUAACAUUUACUCUUUAAAUGUUCCCCCCUCUCUGUCUGACAAAAAAAAAAAGUUUGAUUCCUUUUGCAUAAUUUCAUUCAUCUGUUUCUCACUAGAUGUAGCAUUUAUCUCAGUCAUCAGCUGUGAAGCUCUCUCUGACUUUUAUUUCUCAGCUGUCUCUUGUUUAAAGAAACUGCUUAUUUAAUGCAUUUCAGUUUUUGUGUGAAUGUUUGUAACAGUCUCUGAUACAUAUAUAUAUAUAUUUUUACAUAAAAAUGUGUAUCUGUAUAAAAACGGAUUUAUGUGUUUUUAAGUUAUGAUGGAAAAUCCAGCUUAAAGAGCAAGCGGGACCAAGAUCAUUAAUAUUGUUUUUUAAGAAUGUGAGUUGUGUAUUCAACAUUAGUUCUCACCACAGACUGGAACAUGGAGAAUAUUGAUGUGUUUUUUUCCCGCCCUUUAUUUUAAAAGUGUGCCACCUGACACCCGAGCUGGUCUGAUGUCCUUCAUAAACAGAGGAGCAUCCUGUGGAAGAGACUGAAGCUCGUUACCGUUCAGAACAAAACGUGUGGUCACUUCAGAAAGGUUUUUUUGUUGUUGUUGUUGUUUGUUUGUUUUUGUUUUUGUUUUUUUUGUUUUUUUUUUUUUUGGGGGGGGGGGGUGUUAGGGUUAUUGCACGGGUAUAAAGCAGCUCAGACAGAUGUCAGGUGACUGCGUGGAGAGCUUUUCCUUCACUUUGAAGCGUUAUGCUGUAACCUGAGAGGAAACGGUGCUCUUUGUCGUCGACUUGAAUAUACUGUGUUUCCUGAAAUUUGUCAUUUGUCUUUUCUGUUAACUGAACAGACGCUGACAGCAAUGCACCUUUUACUUUUAUUUUUUCGUCUCUUUUUCCCCUCUUAUUUUUUUAAAUGGAGAUUUUCUUUUAUGUUUGUUAAAUUUUCUCUAAAAUAAAAUAUUGCCUAAUUUACAGUGAA